AUGCACCCUGACAACAAACUGCCCAGCCAUGGCAAGGCAGGCAGCACCGGUGCCCCGGCCCAGCACCACAACGUGAGCCAAGCACCCACCUGCAACCUGGGCUCUAAGGGUGUGGGGACGGGCAGCCAUGGCAGCAAGGCCACUCAGAUCUCCCCUGGCAACUCUGGACUGAAAAACAGCCAGAACACUGUCCCAAACUUCAGCUCCUUGAAGGGCAAGGUGAAACGGGAACGAAGCAUCUCGGUGGACUCCGGAGAACAGCGAGAAGCCAGCACCCCUUCACAGGACGCAGAAUCAAAAGGUGAGGUGGCUCCCCGUAGCAAGCGGCGGUGCGUGCUGGAAAGGAAGCAGCCAUACAGUGGGGACGAAUGGUGCUCUGGGCCGGACAGCGAGGAAGACGACAAGCCCAUCAGCAGUGCACACAACUGUAAUGUAGCAGAUCCUGCGAUGUCCACCGCCUCACAGCUUGGCCCAGGGUCCAACCCGCUGCCGAACCUGAAUGAGACCACUUCUUCCAGCGUGCCUCAUGGUGCUGCCCCCGGCUUACGGUCAGACGCUGCAGGAGGUGGAGGCGGCGGAACAGGAAAGCAGCCCUCGCAGUUCGUUUACGUCUUUACAACGCACCUUGCUAACACAGCUGCGGAAGCUGUCCUGCAGGGCCGAGCUGACUCUAUUCUGGCCUACCAUCAGCAGAAUGUCCCGCGUGCAAAGCUAGACCAGGCGCCAGCUCCUAAAGUGCUGGGGGUUGCUGAGCCGCUUCCGAUUAACCCUCCUGCUGCCAACACUCCACAGUCCCAGCCACCGGCACCGCAGGCGAGUCAGCCGCAGCCUCCCCCGCCGCAGCCUCCACCUCAGGCCAUCACCCAAGCACCUUUGCCAGCAUCCAGCAGCCUGCCCCAGGAAGGCACAAGUGAAGAUGUCCGGAGAGAUCUGACUCCCAACUCUUUGGGGAACAACAGCGGCGGCAACCAGCCUGGGAGUAACCACCCAAACACGCCCACCGCGUCUGCCAACACCAUGCAGCCUGGGCAAGUGGACUCCUCCGCCACGUCUGGCUCCGGCCUCCUCGGGGAGGGCCCGGGUCCAGGGAUGCCGGGGAACGGGCAGGCAGGCCUGGGCCCCAGGAACCCCAUGAACUCGGAAGGGCUCUCGAAGGACCCUGCCAAGCCCCCUGCGCCCCCCCCCAGCAUGAAGAAGUAUGAAGAGCCUCUGCAGUCCAUGAUCUCCCAGACCCAGAGCCUCGGUGGGCCCAGUCUGGAACACGAGGUGCCCCACCACCCAGGCGCUGACAUGGGGCAGCAGAUGAACAUGAUGAUGCAGCGGCUGAACCAGGACAGCCUGACGCCAGAGCAAGUGGCCUGGAGGAAGCUGCAGGAAGAGUACUAUGAGGAAAAGCGACGGAAAGAGGAGCAGAUCAGCAUCCACGGCCGGCCCAUGCAGGAGAUCAUGAUCCCACAGUCGAUGGGGAGCAUGAUGAUGCGUGGGCCCCCACCACCCUACCACAGCAAGCCUGGAGAGCAGUGGCCGCCAGGGAUGGGCAGCCAGCUGCGGGGACCCAUAGAUGUGCAGGACGCCAUGCAGCUGCGGGGGGGGCCACCCUUCCCGGGGCCACGGUUCCCUGGGAAUCAAAUGCAGAGAGUCUCUGGCUUCGGAGGGAUGCAGAACAUGCCCUUGGAUGCUCUUGGGCCCAUGAAUGCCAUGCAGAGGCCAGUCAGGCCCGGCAUGGGAUGGAGCGACGAUAUGCCUCCUAUGGGAGGCCCUGGGAACUUUCCGCAAGGCACCCUGCCCUACCCGUCAGGGCAAGGGGACCCCGAGAGGUUCAUGAAUCCCCGUGCCAGGGAGGAGAUCCUGCGGCAUCAGCUGAUGGAGAAACGCCCGGUGGCAAUGCAGAGGCCCAUGGGGAUGUCCGGCAACUCCAUGAGCCAGGGCAUGGAAAUGGAGAGGAUGAUACAGGCUCACAGGCAGAUGGAUCCAUCCAUGUUUGCUGGGCAGAUAACAGGGGACAGCCUGAGCAGUGCCCCGAUGGGAAUGGAUUUUGCAGGCUCUCGGGGCAUGCUGAGCCCCCCUAUGAGUCAGUCGGGCCUUCGGGACAUGGACGCGCCCAUGGGCCCCGGCAACCUCAACAUGAACAUGAAUGUCAACAUGAACAUGAACAUGAACCUCAAUGUCCAGAUGACCCCGCAGCAGCAGAUGAUGAUGUCGCAGAAGAUGAGGGGCCCCGAUAUGAUGGCCCACCAGGGCGUGAGCCCUGAGGAGCUGGCCAGGGCGAGGGCUCAGAAUGGCAAUGGCAGUGCAAUGCUGGGGGGACCCCAGAAAAUGAUGAUUCCCUCCCAGUUCCCCAACCAAGGACAGCAAGGCUUCUCGAGCGGGCAAGGGCCCUACCCCAACAUGCCCCAGGAAAUGGGCAGCGGCUCGGACAUGUUCAGCCCUGAGCAGGGCACCAUGCCUGUUGGCAGCAUCGGCAGCACCACCAGGCUCAGCCACAUCCCUCUGCCUCCGGCCUCCAAUCCCACUCCCACGCAAGGGGGCAACCUGGCCAACAUGCACCCAGCGCCUUCCCGGGGGCUGGGCCGCCGGCCCUCUGACCUCACUAUCAACAUCAGCCAGAUGAACUCCCCCAGCAUGGGCCACCUCAAGUCUCCCACCCUCAGCCAGGUGCACUCGCCUCUGGUCACCUCCCCCUCUGCCAACCUCAAGUCCCCACAGACGCCCUCGCAGAUGGUCAGCAUGCCACCUUCAAACCAGUCUGGACCCCUCAAGUCCCCCCAGGUGAUGAGCUCCUCGCUGAACGUCCGGUCUCCAACGGGAUCACCAAGCCGCCUGAAGUCCCCUUCUAUGGCUGUUCCUUCCCCCGGUUGGGUGCCCUCUCCCAAAGCCACCAUGCCCAGCCCAGGAGUCAACCAGAGCAAGCAGACCCUCAGCAUGAACUCGUCUACUUCCAUGGGAGGACUGGAUCAGGGUUCUCUCCCUUCUGGGCCUCGGAGCAGCUCUUCCGCACCAGCCAGUAACACCUCUAGCACCAUGAAUCCCAACAUGCCUUUUACUUCCUCUCCAGAUCCAUCCCCUUCCCAGAACCCCCUCUCGCUGAUGAUGUCCCAGAUGUCCAAGUAUGCCAUGCCCAGCUCCACACCGCUUUACCACAAUGCCAUCAAAACCAUCGCCACCUCUGAUGACGAGCUGCUGCCGGACAGGCCUAUGCUCCCGCCUGGAAGCAUGUCAGGCGUGACGGGGAAUCAGCCGAAUCAACUGCACUUGAACUCCGUGGGGCCUGGAUCCUCUCAGAGCCCCAUGGGAAUGAACCUGCCUGGUCAGCAACCCCUCUCCCACGACCCACCCCCCACCUCCAUGAUGUCCUCCCCGAACCCUCUGGGCUCCAACAUUCCUAUGCACCCGAGUGCGCCAGGGGCGGGUGUCCCCCCCCAGAACCCCAUGAUGCUGCCGCCGGGGCCCCAGGACUCACUGAACCAGCAGUGCGGCCCCGUGCCCAACAAUUCGCAGAUGAUUCCUUCCAACCAGCUCGUGUUCCCCCGCAUGCAGCAGCCCCACAACGCUAUGCCAUCUCCCGCCGGAGGCAUGCCCAUGGCCCCCGGCGGGGGAGGCGGCCCCGGGGCGCAGCAGCACUACGCGCCGGGGAUGCCCUUGCCGCCUGAGGACCUUCCCUCCCAGCAGCCUGGCCAGAUGCCCCCUCAGCAGCACAUGAUGGGCAAGAACAUCCCUCCUCGGAUCGGUGAGCCCUACCCGCCCGUGCUUCCUGGGGUGGCGUCGGUGCUGAAUGACCCUGAGCUCAGCGAGGUCAUCCGCCCCACACCCACGGGUAUCCCCGAGUUUGACCUCUCCAGGAUCAUCCCGUCGGAGAAGCCGAGCAGCACCUUGCAGUAUUUCCCCAAGAGCGACAGCCAGGCGCCCAAAUCGCAGCCUUCCAACCUCCACCUCAUGAACCUGCAGAACAUGAUGGCUGACCAGCCCCCGGUGCGGCCAGGUAUGAAUGCCCCCAGCCUCCCCGGGCAGCAGGGCGUGCAGAGGGGACUUGGCAUGCCCAUGUGCCAUCCCGGACAGGUGCCCAUGCUGGGCAGGACAGGCAUACCGCCCCAGCAAGGCAUGAUGGGCAACAGCAUGCACCAGGGCAUGAUGUCUCCGCAGCAGAGCCUGAUGGCCCAGCAGAAUUUCAUGCUGAUGCAGGCCAAGCAGAGGAGCAUGUCUGUGUCGGGGGAGAUGUAUGCUCAGACAGGACACAUGAUGUCACCUCAGGGCUCUCUCAUGGGGCCCCCGCCUCAGCAGAACCUCAUGGUCCCGCACCAGAUGAGGCAGCGGAGUGUCUCCCUGGACAGCCAGAUGAGUUACCUCCCCGGGCCUGGGAACAUGGCGAACCUGCCGUUCUAA